AUGCCACCUCCGGCACCGGGGUCCAACGACACCCCCGUUGCCGAGCGCUGGGCCUCACUGCCCGAGGAUCUGAUCCGCCUCGUCUCGUCGCGCGUGCUCGCCGGCGACCUGCUGGACUACGUCCGCUUCCGGGCCGUCUGCGGCGGCUGGCGGUCCGCCACCACCUCCCCUCGCGGUCGCGGCGUCGUCGACCCGCGCUUCCACCCGCGCCGCUGGAUGAUGCUUCCGGAGGGCCACGGCCUUCACCCCGGCCACCCUCACCUGCGCGGGUACAUCCGCUUCCUCAACCUCGACACGUGGACCUUGGUCCGCGCCCACCUCCCUCUCCUCAGCGACCACUGCGUCGUCGAUUCGGUCGACGGCCUCCUCGUCCUGCUACGGGACCAGGACCAGGACAGCGCCGUCCGCCUCGUCCACCCUUUCACUGGCGACAUCGCUGAGCUCCCACCGCUCGCGACCGUCCUCCCGCAGCUAGGCACACUGCUGGAUACCUUACCCGCGCCACACAGGGUCAAAAGGCUCGCGGAGUCAAUCUGUGCUUCUGCUUCCUUCAGCGGUGGGGUCAUCACCGUUAUGCUUGCUCUUCAUGAGGUAAACCAUGUAGCCUUUGCUACGGCCCUGGACCAGCAAUGGACUGUGUCAACCUGGAUGUACCAAUAUGCAUCUCCUCCACCAUUGUCAUUCCAAGGCAAACUGUACACGGUUUGUGACGUCGCAUUAUCUGGCGUAUCGGAAUUUACCGGCGAAUGGGAAUCAUAUGGCGAUGUCCAGGUUUUUCAGAUUGAUCCACCUGUGAAUGAUGGGAUGGGCUUCGGUUCUGAGCUACAGCUGCCAAAGUUGAUUGCCACACUCCCAGAAGGCAACCUCGAUGUUCCUAUGGGUCUCGUAGAAUGUGAUUCAGAAAUCCUGGUGGUUGGCUACAAAGAUUUCGACAUGCUUCACUUUGUAGUUUUCAAGCUCACGGAUCUUAUCCAGCAAAGGUAUAUCCCGAUAACAAGCAUCGGAGGCAAUACCUUGUUCAUUUCAGAAAGGAACUUGAGUGUUGCCCCUAAAGCGUUGCCUACCCCUUUGGGUGACAGUGUCGUCUGUUUUGAACCAAGGCAACACAAUCUUGUGCACCAACAGCUCACUGGUGGCACCUGGUCACCACCAACCGACGAUUGCAGCCUGUAUGGUCCUGCACCUGUAGGUCCUUGUAGCCUCAUCCACCUUUUCUUCAGCUGCUGUAUUCGCAUUCGAUGGAACAAAGGGCUAGUAUUCGGAAAGUGCAUAUUAGGCUCAUAUGGUUCAGUGCGAAGAGCAAGAGGCUAG